CUCCACCAUCUUCUUCUCUUCCUCCUCCCCACAUCGUCUCUCCGCAGCUUCGCCGUUGUUUCUCCGUCCGUGGGCGUGAAGAAACAUCUGCGGAUGUGAAAGGUCCCCUUUGCCCUGUUCACGAAUUUCGAUUUCUUGGAGCUGAUGAUGGUUUUUCUUUUGCUUUUGCGGCAAGUCUUUUGCCCCGUCGUUUUCCUUUUCGCUUUUAAAGAAAUGGGUUCUUGUCAAAAUCUUUUCUUUUUUUUUUUUUUUCGGUUGAAUUGUGGGCACCUCGCCGUGACUUCAUCGACCCAUGUCGAAAGGGUUUGAUUUUUUCAACCGAUAACAGAAAAAGAACUGUUUCUUGCGCGUGUUUUCCUUCGAUGUAUCCUUAAACAGGGUGUGUGUGUGUGUACGUGAAUACAGGGGUACUGUUGGGAGUUUCUGUGGCUGCAAUUUCUUGUAAGUUUCGCGAAAGGGGUGUUCUUUCCAGGAGCUUCGGACGGGAGGGGGGUGUUUCUGAGUUUUCUUGGAAGACCCUGAUCCAAUCUUUGACGUAAUUGCGUGUGCUUCGAGAAAGGGUUUUCGCUCGCAUUGAAUCUGGGGUUUCGCUUUGCGCGUGGCAUCGUCGGCUCAAUUCGUUUGCGAUUGGUGGCGGUGCUGGUAUUUUAGGAGAAGGGGGGAAAUGUUUGGGGCUCCUUCAAGUUGAUUCGGUGUGGGGUUUUGGUUGUUUGGGAAUUUGAGCAUUUCAUUUUGUUUUGCUUGACGGUGAUGUGGUCUCUUGGAGUGGCGUUUAUCUGGGGUUUUCCGAUUGAAAGUUAAAUUAGAGAUUCCCAGGUGCGGAUUCGUUGUCGGGUUUGUGUUCUUGUGCAUGAUAGUGUGAUUGAUUGAGAGUUUCGGUGGAAGAGCAGAAGGUGGGGUUUUGUUUGGAAGCUUUGAUUGUUGGGUAGUUCUGAUUUCGAGAGAGUGUUGGCGAAUUUUGAGAUGGACGAAUCGCCGAGUGGGUCGAAUUCUCUGCCGCCUUUCCUGGUGAAGACGUACGAGAUGGUCGACGCUGCCUCCACCGACCCGGUGGUUUCGUGGAGUCAAAGCAGCAAGAGCUUUGUUGUGUGGAAUCCACCAGAGUUUGCACGGGAUUUGCUGCCGAAAUACUUCAAGCACAACAAUUUUUCCAGCUUUAUUAGACAGCUAAACACAUAUGGUUUUAGGAAAAUUGACCCAGAACGAUGGGAAUUUGCGAACGACGAUUUCGUAAGAGGUCAGCCGCAGCUUCUGAAGAACAUCCAUCGGCGGAAACCAGUCCACAGCCAUUCCCUUCAGAAUCUCCAAAAUCAGGGAAGUUCCUCUCCUUUAACUGAAGCAGAGAGACAAGGACUGAAGGAAGAGGUAGAAAGGCUUAAAGGCGACAAGGAAUCUCUUCAGUUGGAGCUACAGGUGCAUGAAGAAGAGAGGAAAGGCUUUGAAGUGCAGAUGCAGAAUUUGAAGGCACGGCUUUUGAAAAUGGAAGAUCGACAGAAGAAUAUGGUGUCUAACUUGGGUAAUGUUCUGCAGAAACCUGGUCUUGCCCUUAAUAUGUUGAUUGAGUCGGAGUUUAAUGAUAAGAAGAGGAGAUUGCCUCGAAUUGGUUACUACCAUGAUGAGGGACAUGGUGAAGACAAUCAUGCUGGGACUCCCCAAACUUUGACAAGAGAAAACAUUGAUGGAGCUUCAUCCUUACCAUCGAUAUUGGAUUUAUAUGAACAAUUGGAAUCAUCGCUCACAAUCUGGGAAUACAUUGCGCAUGAUUGUGAAAACAUUGGUCAGCGCAACUCAACCCUAGACUUCGAUGAGACUACUAGUUGUGCUGAUAGCCCUGCUAUAUCCUGCAUUCAGUUUAAUAUUGAUGCACGGCCUAGAUCACCCACAAUUGACAUGAAUUCUGAGCCCACUGCUGCUACUGUUUUUGAGCCUGCCGUGGUUACUACUUCCAAGCCAGCUUUGACCAUUGCUUCCGAGCCAGCUUUGACCGUUGCUUCUGAGCCAGUUUCCUCUAAAGAACAAGCUGUAGCCACAGCUCCUAAUGUGCCAGCAGGGGUUAACGAUGUCUUCUGGGAGCAAUUCUUGACGGAGAAUCCUGGUUCCUCCGAUGUUCAGGAAGUUCAGUCAGAAAGAAAGGAUACUGAUGGUAGAAGGAAUGAGAGCAAACCCGCUGAUCACAGCAGGUUUUGGUGGAAUGCAAAGACCGUAAAUAACCUAACAGGACAAUUGGGGCAUCUUACCCCAGCAGAAAGCACUUGAAGUUGGUCGAUUGUUUUUGGGUAUUUUGAUGGCUCGGCCAGGGCAUUUGUAAUAUAAUAGGUAUGGGACGGUGGGUCUUGAAAUAAAUAGGUAAUACAUGCUUAGGGUGGCUAGCUUACUGCAAUAACAUUGAUGAGAUCUCUCUUGAUUCUUGUCCAUCGAGUUUUGUAGCAUUUUGUAUUGUUCCAGUUAACAUAGUUAUAUGAUGGUUGUGAUAUCCCAUACAGUGUUACAUGACAAUGGUACUGACUGUCAUCAUGCAUCUUUUGAGGAGUUA